AUGGCGUCCACCUCCACCAAGAUUGGCCAUGGACUGUCCAAAUUCCUUAGGAUCAAACUCAAUGAGCGCCAGGCACAAAAGGAUGCCGUGACACGUGGUGAAUCCGCCUAUUCAGUCAGUACUGCCGACACAUAUGUUGAAGAGGAACCAACCACCAUUGAAUGGCUGGGAGACCUCAUACCCUCUGGAGCCGCUAUGGGCAGCUACAUUCGCGAUAUAUUUCCCUUCACUAAGUGGAUUCUACGAUACAAUGUUCAAUGGCUUAUUGGAGAUUUGGUUGCUGGUAUCACCGUCGGUGCGGUGGUCGUCCCUCAGAGCAUGGCCUACGCCAAACUAGCCGAGCUCCCCGUCGAAUUUGGUCUGUACUCUUCGUUUAUGGGGGUUCUCAUCUAUUGGUUCUUCGCCACUUCCAAAGAUAUCACCAUCGGCCCAGUCGCUGUCAUGUCCACUAUCGUCGGAAAUGUUGUCCUUAAGGUCCAAAAGGAACAUCCUGAGAUCCCGGGUUACGUUAUUGCCUCAUCCCUCGCCAUCAUUGCUGGCGCCAUCAUUUGCUUCAUUGGUCUUGUCCGAUGUGGUUGGAUUGUCGAUUUUAUCCCUCUCCCUUCAAUUUCGGCCUUCAUGACUGGAUCUGCAAUCAAUAUUGCCACUGGUCAAGUUCCAAAUAUGAUGGGUAUCAAGGUCAAGGGAUUCAAUACUCGCGAUUCCACGUAUCUGGUCAUCAUCAACACCUUGAAAUACCUGGGCCACACCAAAGUCGACGCUGCGAUGGGUUUGACGGCGCUAUUUUUACUCUACCUCAUCAGAUGGGCAUGCGGGUUCGGAGCAAAGAAAUACCCACACCGAGCGAAACUCUUCUUUUUCCUGUCCACCCUCCGAACUGCAUUUGUUAUUCUACUCUACACUUUGGUCAGCUGGCUCGUCAAUCGACAUCACCGUGAUGACCACGUCUUCGCGAUUCUUGGGACUGUGCCUCGCGGUUUCAAACACGCCCAAGUCCCAAAAAUCAACACUGACAUCAUCAGCUAUUUUUCAGGCGAACUGCCUGCCUCAAUCAUUGUCCUUCUUAUCGAACACAUUGCCAUCUCCAAGUCUUUCGGCCGUAUCAAUAACUACACUAUCGAUCCCUCACAGGAGCUCGUCGCUAUUGGCGUCACGAAUUUACUUGGACCGUUCUUGGGAGGUUAUCCUGCGACUGGAUCUUUCUCCAGAACAGCCAUCAAAUCAAAAGCUGGUGUUCGAACCCCUUUUGCAGGUGUCAUCACAGCGAUUGUCGUUCUGUUGGCCAUUUACGCUCUUCCGGCGAUGUUUUACUACAUUCCAAACUCCUCACUGGCCGGCGUGAUUAUUCACGCCGUCGGUGAUUUGAUCACUCCUCCCAACACAGUCUACCAAUUCUGGCGAGUCUCGCCUCUAGACGUCGUUGUCUUCUUUGCGGGAGUGUUUGUCACCAUAUUCUCCUCUAUUGAAAAUGGCGUUUACACAACUAUUUGUGUAAGUGCUGGAAUUCUUCUGUUCCGUGUCGUGAAAGCCCGUGGGCACUUCGUUGGAAAGGUCAAGAUUCAUUCAGUCAUUGGUGAUCACUUGGUUGAAGACAAAUUCCAUGACCAACAACGACUACCGGGUGAUGAUGUCGCUCUGAGAAAUAUUUUCUUGCCGUUGGAUCACAAUGAUGGCUCGAAUCCAUCUAUCAACGUCGAAUCUCCUUACCCUGGUAUAUUCAUCUACCGAUUCAGCGAAGGUUUCAACUAUCCCAAUGCAAACCAUUACACCGAUUAUCUUGUGCAACACAUUUUCGAAACUACACGACGAACGAACCCUGACUCCUGGCCACGUCCUGGUGACCGCCCAUGGAAUAAUCCUGGCCCUCGACCAGGUAAAACAGAGCCGAAUCGCUCUCAUCUUCCCACCUUGAAAGCUAUUAUCCUUGAUUUCUCAUCAGUCAACAAUGUCGACGUGACCAGCAUCCAGAUUCUGAUCGAUGUCCGCAACCAACUCGACCGCUAUGCCUCACCCGAUGUCGUUCAAUGGCACUUGGCUUGUAUCAACAACCGUUGGACCAAGCGCGCUCUUGCUUCUGCAGGCUUUGGCUACCCAACUGUUGCCACGGAAGAGUGGCAUCGCUGGAAACCAAUCUUCAGUGUCGCAGAAAUUGGAGGCUCGGCUUCGGCCGCUGCACUUGCCGAAGAUGAAGCUAAUAGGAGAUCAUCAUCAAGACACCAUCGUGAUGAGGAACACGGUGGCUCACGACCCGGGAGCAGUAGUAGUGGUAUCAAGGCUAUCAAAUCCGAGGCAAUCAAGGAGCACUAUGCCGAUGAUUCGACAACGGGCUCCAGCAACGGCAAUGAUCUCAAUAAACAGAUCAGCAACAGUAAGGCAUACACUAGGACUUCAGUCAAAAAGGUUGCCGUUGUGCAUGGCUUGAAUCGACCUUUCUUCCACAUCGAUUUGACCAGUGCACUGCAAUCUGCCAUUGCGAAUGUUGAACAUCAGGAACAACUGAAGACGGUGGAGCAUGGUAAGUCCGAAGGACUUUCCACAGGUAUCGAACCUGCUUCUUGA